AUGUCACCUCCAGUUUCAAUGGGUUAUGUUGAAGCCAAGGCUCGCGUGCUCCGUGGAAAAUGUCCAUCAACAAAAACUUGCUCGUCCUGCAAAAAACAACAUCACUCACUACUGCACUUUCCAGCCGGUACACCCACAGGCACAAGUGGUCCGCCGCCAACUUCGAUGAUUGUGGCAGCAAAAAACCCUCAGUCCAUACUACUAUCUACGUUACUUGUAAGUGUCGUAUCAGUCGAUAAUCAGAGAUAUACCCUUCGUGCAUUGUUGGAUACGGGUGCACAGGUCAGCUUCAUUACGAAGCAAAGUGCCGAUCGCUUAUCGUUAAACCGUCGUCGUUGUUCAACACAAGUCAGUGCUUUCUCGGGUGCCUCAGUCAAUGUCGUGUCAGGCGUCACAUCUAUUGUAAUGUCACCGGUUGGGAAGCCGGACCCGUCUGUCCCUCUCGACGUCUUGAUUGUGUCAAAAAUCACUGACUACCUACCUCAAACAACAUUCAAUUUCACUGCGUGGCCCCAUUUAAAUAAGCUUGAGUUAGCAGACCCAAGUUUCAAUAUUCAAGGGCCCAUUGACAUUCUGCUUGGGGCAGAUGUCGCCCCAGCGAUCCUGACUGGUGGCCGUGUUGCUGGUCAUCAAUCACAUCCGACUGCUUUCGGAACUAUCUUUGGAUGGGUUUUGAUGGGACCAAUGGCACCAAUCACCACAAAUACAGUCACGUCAAUGUUAGUGACCACUGAAACGGCACUCGAAAACUCUCUUACUAAAUUUUGGGAAAUAGAAGAGCCACCUCAACUACAACACUUGAGUCCCGAUGAAGUUCUAGCUGAAGAAAUAUUUUUAUCGUCCGUCAAACGUCUAACAUCUGGGCGAUUCAGUGUUGCACUACCAUUUAAACAGCCACGUCCGAUCCUCGGAGACUCGAAAGGCAUGGCACUAAAGCGACUUCACUACUUGGAGAACCGAUUAUCACGUGAUGAAGGUCUCUCAAAACAGUACCUGGAGUUUAUGACCGAUUACCUCACUAGUCAGCAUAUGGAAGUUGUUCCUAUGAACCAAAGAAUGACGCCAUACUGUUAUUACAUACCACAUCACUGCGUCCUUCGUCCGGAAAGUCAUACGACAAAACUCAGGGUAGUCUUCGAUGCAUCCGCUACUACCACUGCAGGACGAACACUGAAUAGCAGUUUGUACACUGGUCGAAAACUACAACAGGAUCUACCACAGAUCCUCAUUCGUGCCCGAACCCAUAAGAUUCUGUUCACUGCGGACAUUAAACAAAUGUACCGGCAGAUUGAAAUCCAUCCGGAAGAUCGUGAUUAUCUAAGAAUUCUAUGGCGCUUUGAUCGUGAUAAACCUAUCGAAGAAUAUCGUUUACGCACUGUCACGUAUGGUACGUCCUGUGCUCCUCAUCAGGCCUUACGCACUUUGCAGUACUUAGCCGAACUCGAAAAGAACACAUACCCCACCGCCGCUCAGAUCAUCAUGCAUGAUACGUUCGUUGACGACAUCCUUACAGGGGCCAACACCCCGGAAUCCGCGCUUGAACGUCAAGAACAAUUGAUCUCACUAUGCUCCCGAGGACACUUCCAGCUCAGGAAAUGGGCCAGUAACUCGUCCGUGGUCCUCCAAUCGAUUCCGGAAUGUGACCGAUCUAUGUCUACUGACGUUCUGUUCGAUGACGAGUUGGAAGCCGGGUUGAAAAUCCUCGGCAUGCGGUGGAACCCGAAACAGGACCAUUUCUCCUAUUCCGUCCAGCGUCCUAGCACAAAAACUACCAAACGCUCGAUUCUAUCGGAUCUCGCUCGCAUCUUCGACCCGCUUGGUCUCCUUUCACCGACCACCUUCUUAGCAAAACACUUAAUGCAGUUGCUAUGGACGUCUGGGAUCGGAUGGGACGACCCAAUUCCUGAACAGAUUCUUACAAUCUGGCAGCGGUAUCAAUGCGACCUGAAAAGUAUCCAGAAUUUGAGUGUUCCACGCCGAAUAACCAUGGACGGAGAAGUCAAAUACGAACUCCAUGCAUUUUCAGACAGUUCUGAGAAAGGAUACGCGGCAGCCGUAUAUCUGCGUUGUGAGCACCGAGAAGGAAUUCAAUGCCAUCUUAUCACCGCGAAAUCAAAAGUUGCACCUCUAAAACGAGUAACCAUUCCCCGUCUCGAGUUGUGUGGAGCUGUGUUGGCCGCUCAACUGCUACAUUAUGUGCAAGAAGUCCUCAAGUCUGUCCUCCCCGUCGAAGCGAUGCAUGCCUGGACGGAUUCGACUACCACUCUCGCGUGGAUAAAAUCUUCACCACAUAGGUGGGCUACAUUCGUCGCAAACAGAACCAGCCAGCUUCAGAGUCUCACACCACCAUCGCUGUGGCGUUACGUCCCAACCGGUGAAAAUCCAGUUGACUGUGCGUCUCGUGGACUCUACCCAACAGAAUUAAUGCAACAUUCAAUGUGGUGGAACGGACCUGCCUUCCUAUCCAAGAAAGACAGUGAGUGGCCACCAUGUUCCACACUCAGCGCGUCACAUUCGACUGACCUCGAAAUCCGACACACUACUCUUUUGUUAACCUCAUCCACUACCAUCUUCGACCAACUGUUUCUUCGGAUUUCUUCACUGCAAAAAAUUAUCCGCAUCGUCGCAUACUGUAUACGAGUCGUUGUACGAGUUAAGCAAAGCACCAGAAACCUGUCACCUGUGGAGCUAGCUCACGCUUUGAAAGUCAUCAUACUUGCCGUGCAACAAAACGCAUUUGCCGAUGAACGUAAACGGCUCCGAGAUCCAAAUAACAAAAGUACCAGUAAAUUCCGUGGCCUAAAUCCAUUCAUUGAUAAACAUGAAGUUCUUCGAGUUGGAGGUCGAUUAGUUCACGCGGACAUUCCUUAUGAACAGAAACAUCCCAUACUCUUGCCACGCUCACAUCGAUUCACAGAUCUGCUCAUCGACGACUUCCAUUUACAACAUAAACAUCCUGGAGCUACCACACUACAAUCCAUCAUUCAACAACAAUAUUGGAUCGUAGCUAGUCGACAAGUCAUCAAAUCUCGCCUCCGACUCUGCCUUGCCUGUUACCGACUCCGUCCUCGUAGCGUUCAGCCAGUCAUGGGGAACCUACCAAAGUUUCGGCUACAGCAAAUCAAACCAUUUAUCGUCACAGGAGUUGACUAUGCCGGACCAAUAACUUUGAAAACGUCAACAACUCGCCGAGCUAUCUCGUGCCAAGCGUACAUAUGUCUCUUUGUCUGCAUGACAACAAAGGCUCUGCAUUUGGAACUAGCUUCGGAUCUAUCCACAGAAGUAUUUCUGAUGGCUAUGUGUCGGUUCAUCUCCCGUCGUGGCCCUGUUGAACAAAUACAUAGCGAUUGUGGCACUAACUUUGUGGGUGCAGCAAACUUGUUCCAGACCGUUGACAAUUUCACUCGAUCCACCGAGUACCAGACAAAAUGCCGAGACUACCUCACUAAACGUAACAUCAGCUGGCAUUUCAACCCACCAUCUGCCCCUCACUUUGGAGGACUGUGGGAGGCUGGAGUUAAAUCGGUCAAGACGUUACUCUAUCGAACUCUCGGGCUCCAGCGACUUAAAUACGAGGAACUCGAAACACUACUAAGUCGAAUCGAAGCGACAUUAAACUCAAGACCAUUAGGUGCGCUGAGUCAUGACCCUCGCGACUUCGAAGCGCUUACGCCUAGUCAUUUCUUAACUCUAAUGCCCAGCACGGCGAUUGUUGAACCUAACUUAGACUCAGUCCCCCUAUCACGCCUCCAGCGCUGGAGACUCAUAAAGGAUCUACACACACAUUUCUGGAAACGUUGGCAAUGUGACUACUUGCAGACCCUACAACGUCGAACCAAAUGGACACAAGGUCAAGAGAACAUCAAGGUAGAUACACUUGUCCUCAUUCGAGAACCAACCACGUCCCUAAGCUGGAGACUCGGCCGAAUCACUCAACUUCACCCCGGUCUGGACGGUGUAGUUCGAGUAGCAACGGUUCAGACAGCAAACGGUCUCCUCAAACGACCAACAGUCAAGCUAUGUCCAUUACCCAUAUGUUGA